AUGGAGUAUUGUGCAGGUGGAGACCUGAGAGUCUGGCUCGAGAACUGUGCCGCAGCGGAAGAGCGCCUGCCGGAAGAGUCGGUGUUGAGCCUCUUCGUGCAAAUGCUCAAGGGAGUGGGUUACGUCGGAUUGCGCGCGCUGGAUGUGAAUCAGAACAUCGUCCUCAUGCGUGCUGCAGAUGGUGUGGUGCUUGAAGAGGUGAUAGCCUUGCUCGCCCAGGUCACCAAGCAGACAGAAGAUGCGGUGAAGCGAGCCGGUGUCAUAGAAACACUUCGAGCCUGUGACACAUUGGGUCUCCUCAAGGGACACCCCAUUCUCCAGCGGCUUUUCCUGGACAUGUACGACGAGACGAAGCGCAACCGCCUGUUGACCUCCAGCCGGGGUGUCGUCGAGAUGGUGGAGCCGGCUGAUCCGUCGGCUGAGGGCGACUUUGCCAUGGUGGACGCUCCCCCUGGGGAUGGGAGCGCGGUUGCCCCAGGUGCCGAUCCUUCCUCCCAGGGGGAUCCAUCGGCAGCUCAGGAUGGGGUUCUUUCAGAGCCAGGCUUUAUCGACUCGGUCAGUGGCUCCUGGGUCAUGGCAGACAAGGCACCUUCGCUCACGGUGCCGAGCACCUCGGGAGAUUACUCAUGGGUGGAACAUGAAGACAUCGAGCUUCUACAGGCGUGGGUUCAAGAACAGCUCGACGCGGCAAAAGACCCCCAGACGGUCCUGCCGCUGAUCGAGGAUCGGGUCGUGAUGCUGCAGAAGGAUCUCCCGUUUGUCUCGGUCAUGGAUUUGUUUAGCAAGUCCCACCCAUGGUGGCAGGCAGUGUGCAGAUGGUACUGCACCGUACCGGAAGAGGUGGGUAUGGUGAAAGGCCAAAAGCUUUCCAGUACAGUUUUGGCCCGAUGGAACUGCCUUAGAAGGGAGGACCGGGUGAAGAUCCUCUCCCAUGUGGACGCCACAUCUAAGGAGUUCCACCAGGACCCCAGUCAGUUUGUGAGCGGCUUGAUGCACAUGAAGCACACGCUUGAGUACAAGAACGUGGGCACUGUCAUCCUCUCCCUGCCGUCAUUGACGAAAGAGGAACUGAUGGGAGCGGACAGGGCGGUGGUCCAAUGCGUGGACGCCACCAAGUCGGUCUACAGGCUAGUUUCCCCAGAUGUGAUGCCCGACCGCUUCUUCCGCAGUGACGUUGCAACCAUCCUCCGCUCCCUUCCGAAACUGGUGGUGGAGAAGAUGGUGGCCGUGGUGGAGUCUGAGAACACAGGGCUCCUUGAGGACGCCAACCUUAAUGUCGGGGGCCACCUCCGCAGUAGAAUGGCGACUCUCCGCCAGGAGGAAAUCCUCAAGAAACAGGGCCAAGGGGUUCGUUGCGUUCUGUGCAACAAGACGGUGCUUCCUGUCAGGGAAGCCAAUGCCUCUAUCGAGGCCCCAGCCCCGGAUGGAUCCUCCUGGCGCUUGGUGGAGGGUGCCUGGCAGAACACCUCGAACAGUUUCAGGGAGGACUUCAAGUACAAGUUCGGCCGGCCCCAGACGGAAUAUGAGCGGAAGUUGCCGGUGGGGAAGGACUCCUCACCCGGUCCGGUUGCCUCAGGUGCCGUUGGCCGGGGGGAGGGGACCUACUCCUCGGAGGACCUGGCCCAGAAGAUGGAGGAGCAGGCCUUAGAUUGCCCAAGGUUUGAUUCUGAGGAUGGUCCGGAGCAGAAGCCUCACGAAGUCGGUGUGGUCUUUAGCCCGGACAUGGCCAACGCCCGCAUCACCCUUGAGGAUGCGGCCCAGCAUUCCGAGGGUGCGGCUACCUUCGCCGAGGCGGUGAACCUGGCGGCGGCGACGGCUUUCAAGAACCAAGGAGCGGACAUUUUCACCUGUUGCGAGAGAGAUGCACUCCCGCUCCUCCUUGUGGUCCAAAAGGGCGAGAUGGCCCACGUCUUGAAGGAGUAUGCGGAUGUGCCCACGGUCAGAACAGUCCUGACCAAGCUUGGCAUGGCAAUCUGCAACCUCCGGAUGCUGAUGGAGACCCCGGACCAGAAGGACACCACGCUCCUUGAUCUGGUCCCGGGGGCGGAGGUCGCUAAGAACAUCUUCGAUCAUCUGGACUGCUCCUCCCCCCUGGGCCUCCUUCAGUCGCACGCUGAGGGGAACCUCCUGGAUUUUGGGCAACAGGGUGGGAGCACUUCGACAGUUGAGGCGACGGCGGGGGGUAUCUUUGUGAUCUCCUACCUGGGCGGCAUGUCGGUGGAGGCCAGCUUUGGACCUGGGGUCGAGCAGGUCCCGGAGAAGGCAGAGGGGGCGGCCAUGGAGGAGGGGACCGUGGACGCGGCGGAAGAGGUCGCUAAGACGGCACUCAUGCCGGGCAAAAGGGCGGUCGCCAACAUGGCUCAGGUCUCUACCGCCACGUUGGAGGCCAACCUCAGAGGGACCAACCAGACCCAGGGCCUUCUUGCUGCGAUGCGCAGGACAUUGGCGCCCCGUGAGAUGACCUUUGACAAGGAGGAGAAGGCCAAGCGGGAGGAGAACAAGAAGCGCAACGCGGAGCAGCUCCAGGACCAUUUCGUCUACACUCCGGUGGUCCAGCAGCCAAGCCUGUGGAGCAAGGAGCUGGUCGAUCUGGUAGAGCCCCACUCGGAAGGGGUCACGGGGGAACUCUCGAGUUUCCAGGAAAGGGACCCAGAGGUGCUCGGCCGGAUCCAGUCCGAAGUGGUGGAGGUCCACAAACUCAUACAGUCGAUACCGAAUGUCCCUGUGGACAUCGAAGGCGGGGACAUCAAGCACCAGGCCGACAUUCAGCGUGCGGCUUCCUUCUUCAACCCGGCCCUCUUCGACAAGCCGUUCCCGGAGCUGCAAGGGACGAAGGCCCCUGAGACUCUGGAAGACCAGGUACGGACCCUGAAUGCCAUGUUGCAGAUGUGCAAGAAACAGACCUACCUCACAGGGUGGAGGUGGGUGAGACAACCUGGCGCGGUCACUCAGGUGGAGGCUGACGAAUGGUACGCCGGCUGGACGGACCUCAGCCACACAGCUUUCACAUCGGCCAUGCAUUCAGUGAACUCCGUCUUCGCCAAUCACGGAUUGGCGGCGUACAGCCUGCAGAUCCCGGAGAUGGUGGGGAACCUCCUCAACCCUAUGGUGGCUCUCUCCAAGCCGGUGGAGGAAGGGAAGGUGGACAGGGAGCCCCACCAUUGGCGGCUCAACCUCCAGACAGUGACCCUCAGGGAGUUGCUGAAUUGCUAUGGCAGUGUGCUAUCGUGCUGUGAGCCCUUUGAUUUUGCCCCCUGGUCUUGA